UUUGGCAGCACCGUGCCUCUGGCUUUCAGUCCGCUUCCUGGGGUCAGCUACAGGAGAUCGGAUAUAGAGCUCUCCAUAAUAUUGCUGCAGGCGGCUUGUUUAAUAUUACUGCAGCAACAUUUGGCUCCCCCUUGAAAGACCACGCCCCCUCCCAGCAGAUUCACAGGGCCUUGGUCCCUCCCCCUCACCAAGCCGGUAGCCUAUAACCUCCCCGGGUUUCCGCCCAUUCCUCCACAGUUGAUUCUUUGGGAUGGUAUUGUCAUGCAAAUAAAGGACGCGUAAAAUAUUCCCCCAAAGCGCAGCGCAGGGCAGAGACUCACAGACCGCACGGAGGACACAGACCGGGCCACACGGUGGAUUUCUAUCAUUUUCGUCGCUACGGACCCGUCCAUCUGUCACAGACGCCCUGGCCACAUGAACAGCGACAUUAGCAGGGACGUGUAGCCGGGAAACAGGUCGGACCAUUCAAGGAAACCCUGUGGGGGGACACACGAACCAGAGGGCUGUCCAGUGGAGAUAGUGGUCAUACUUAAAUUUCGCCAAGUGAAGUCGGAGGUGUCUCCUCCAUCCCCUGAUUUAGGCUACCUGCUGCUGCUACAGAGGGGGAUUAAAAGUCAAAAGACCCCUGGAUCUGAAAGCACCCUUUUUUAUAUUGUAGAGAUUUCAGGAUCUCUCAGAUAUAAACAUUUUUGCACACUAAGUGUGUUUCUUCUCUUGUCCUUUUUGGGAUAUACACAGUGAUCUUCUUUUUCUGAUUUAGUACUUUAAAGUGCCUUAAUAACUGGUUGUAAUCCAGUGUAACUGUGGCAUAGUUACCAGACCAGAGACGCUCAUAAGGAGAAGCUUAUUAUCAGCUUUAGAGCCCAGGCAGGAUUACUGGUCCCCCAUCUCCAGCGAGCUGCAACCAUGAGCCAGGCGGAUGUGUCGACUUGCUCCGCGCCGCAGAGGGUUUUCCAGGAGGCGGUGAAGAAGGGCAACACCAAGGAGCUUCACUCAUUGCUGCAGAACAUGACAAACUGUGAGUUCAACGUUAACUCCUUCGGGCCAGAAGGACAGACGGCCCUCCACCAGUCCGUCAUUGACGGGAAUUUGGAGCUGGUAAAACUGCUGGUGAAGUUUGGUGCAGAUAUCCGGCUGGCCAACAGGGAAGGGUGGAGCGCUUUACACAUCGCCGCCUUCGGGGGCCACCAAGACAUUGUGCUAUACCUCAUCACCAAGGCCAAGUACUCCUCUGGCGCCCGGUGAUCUGUCUCUGCUGUCAGGUAAAAAAAGAAAACAAAAGCAACAAAAUAACAAGUAGAAAAUCAAACUGCAACACACGGGAAAGCCAGGCUCUUGAAAAGCAGAAACUGUCAUUAUCUUCAUAGUUGUGCCAAAUUAUAGAAAAGAAAUUCAAAACCAGGCCUGCAUAAUAAUCUUCCCUCACUGUAAACCAAACGGGGCCUUUUUUGCACUCCUGAGUCAAACACAUGCACAUACACAGCGCUUCAACACGAAAUCUUUAACAAAAGAAAACACCAUUUCGAUGGGGUUGUUGGUACUAAAGCUUUCCUCUUGAAUGUGUCUAGCCUACUAGAUCGUGUCGUUCGCUCUAAUAGAAGCCUGCUUCUGUGGAUCAUUGGUGUGUGUGUGUGUUUGGACUGCAGAGUGCAGAUGGCCCAGUUUUUUUUCUAUACAUGGCCUUCCAUCCUCAGUACAGUUGAAUAGUUUCUAUUUGGGGGCGCAGAUUUGACCUGUUGCUCCUCAUUGUUCACUUCUAAGACCCUUUUUAAGUUAUUUUAUAUGAAACACGGCACUUGAUGCUAUAUAGCUGCAUGCUGGAAUAUCUAAGGGAAGACACAUGAACAAGAUAAGAAGGGUUGCCCUCUGUUGGCUACCAGAGGUCUAUUUUGUUUAAUAAAUUCAUUGAUUUGUUUUUCUUUUUCUUUUUUUUUUUUUUAACUCAAAGUGCGGCAUUAUAUCCAACUCGCUUUUCAGAUGUGUAAUCAUAAUGUAACAACAACUGACUUCAACUUUGUUGUGAAGUACUGUACACAAUAGCUUUACUUUGUUUCUGUUUUUAAAGAAAAAAAGAGACAGUAGCUCAAUGCGCUCUGCCUACUGCAAGCAGAUCUUGCCAUACUGGCGUCCAACUUUUCAGGCCAGUGCGACCAAUUUGCCAAUGGUCAUUGUGUUACUAAAAACCGCUGCUUUCGCUUUGUAUCAAAAAGUCGCAUUUGAAAUUCACUUUAUAAUCUCCUUUCAGUAUUUUAUUAACAUCCUAGUCAUCACUGUGAAAGCAGGCUGGGUUUUUUUUUAUUUAUGAAGGUACAUUGAGAAGAUGCAUUUUUGAAUAUGUUGUGGUUCAUCUUAAAAAAAAUCUAUAAAUGUAAAAAUAUCUAGGGUGACUCAAGCUGCUGCAGACUUGUAGUAUAAACUGUCCCAUGUGGAGGUAGACCUGCCACUCCCACCCCACUCAUCAUCACAACAGAAAGCCCUCUAUUAUCAUCUGUUGAUUCUCAAGUGGAUUUUCUCCCCUCACUCUUCCAUCUAAGGACUUUGUUUGGUUGCCUUUUGCCAGCUACCUCGACUAUAAAGUAUUCUCAAGUUUUUUUUCCACUUCUCUCACCACUCUGCCACCUUGUUUGGGGUCUGAAGAGAUUCACAAUUUGUCUGUGAUCAUCCGCAUACAAGUAGGUUAUUUUUUGUUAUGUAGCCUAACAGGCAGAUGGACUUCAGUACAGAAGAUGCGAUGAACCCCUCUCUGCAUCCUCAGUCGGGACAGUUUAUUUUACACUACAACCAAACGAAUUCUCACAAGCAAAGCGUCAUUUAGCCUUCCUGCAAGGGAGUCUGUGGUUUUUUUCUCUCUCACAUACACUGCCAUUGUUGCAUGUCUUCCCUAUAAACCUCCACGUCGCUCUCUCUCUGUCUUCAUCAGCCUGUAUGGUCUGUUUUGUUUUCUAUUUUUCAGUCAUACAAAAAGUGGAAUUGUAUUGCAUGACUUGUAAAUGCAGGGAGUUUUAUUGCACAAAAAUGCGGAGCCUUGUGCGCCCCCAGUGUUUGCAUGGGGUAACUGCAGGAGUCAAGGCUUUGGAAUAGUUACUUACUACUGAGCAGGACCCUAUUACUGUUGGACGAUGAAGACGUAAGAAAAAAACAACAACACAUGACUAUUGCAGGAUGUCACAGAAAUGAAAAAAAAAAAAAAAGGAUUUGGUUUCAUAAACUUGCCUGCUGCAUUUUGAAAGUCAUGGCACCCUAACAUUUGUAUCAAUGCUGCUUGUAUGUUUCUUUUUUGUUAUUGUUAAUGUUAUUUUUUAAAGCCUACUGCUCAAAUGGCCAACAGUUGUAUAGAAGCUUCACAGCCACACCGGUUCACCUCAUGAGAAGUUGUUGAGGGAGUAUGUUUGUGUGUGUUUUUUAAAGUGAAUUGUGUAUGUGUGAGCAUGUGUGAUGUUUCUCAUGAGGCCCUGUGUCGUUGUGUUAAACAGUCAACCAGACUGAGAUCUUACCCAUUUUAAAACCUGGAACAACCACAAAUAACUGAAGCGAUAGAUCCACCACAUCAAGGUAUAGAUUGGUAUCAGGCAACAAAUGAAAUAUGCAUCGCUUGUCUUAAACUUGAUGUUUUUUCCUUUUCUUUUUUUGUUUGAAUAUUGCACUGAUGACUGUUGUUGAAAGGUUGGCUUUUAUGUGUCAACAUUUAAAUUUUUUCUGAAUAGAAAAAAGACAAACACAACAAAAUACUAUUGUAUAAAUAUAUGCUCCAGGUGAUAAUGUCCUAAUGUGUGUGUUACUUUGUGGAAAAACAUGAUGUUUUUUAACAAAGAUGCGUGUAUCUCUGUGAUUGGGUGUAUGUAUAUAUACAUAUGGAUAUAUAUAUCAACGCUGAUAAUGAUGAAAUCUUGGGGCACUUUCUUUUCUGAAGUGCUGUCUUCCUUUUUUUUUCUUUUGAAGGGGGAAUAAUACAUUUGAUGGUAAGAUCAUUGUAACAUGAUUAAAAUUGCACGGUUGUGUGGUUGUUUGGCUUAUCAGGGUCAUAACAUUUAUGACGUAAGAAGCCAGCCGCCGGAAUGGUGUACAUGAGUGAGAUGAUUUUUUUUUUUAAAGAAAAAGUGCUGACUUCUUUGGACCAAGUUGUGUUUCUGGUCUUGCUUCAUUUCAAGCAAGUGGAAACAGCAGAUUUUUCAUGAGUGAUGCAGAUGUUCCAUCAUGUUUGAUUCUUUUGGUUUCCAUUUUUUUUGUUUGUUUUAUGUUUGUAUUCUUUUAUUUUUGAACGUUUGUAACACUGUGAUGAUGACGUGAUGUCAUGUGGAGAUGAGUGCUGUAUUAUUUUUGUACGUUUGUGUACAAGCCAGUAAAGAAAUCAUUAAACUCAAAUUUUCUGUG